AUGGCCAGUCUGGUCUUUGUUGAUAAGGAUAACAAAGACCGAGGCAGCCCUUUGGCAUCCAAAGAUGGGUUGAAGCUGGGCUCUGGUAUCGAGGCCUUAGAUAGGAAAUUGCAGGUCUCAGUACCACAAGUUGGCAAAGUAUUCAAUGCUCCAGCCUUGCCUAAAGCCGGCAGAAAGGCUCUGGGAACUGUCAACAGGGUUAUAGGAAAGCCGGUGGAGACUAACAGGCCCCUCAAACAAAAACUGCCAACUUCGACUGCCAAGAAGAUCACCGAGAAGCCUGCUAAGACCAAAAGCUCUGUUCCUGCUUCUGAUGACACCUACCCAGAAAUAGAAAAGUUUUCCCCUUCAGUCCUCCAAGAUUUUGAGAGUUCUGACCUGCCUGAGGAGCAGCAGAUUGCACAUCUCGCCUUGAAUGGAGUGCCUCUCAUGAGCCUGAGCGAGGAAAGUGUGGUUGAGAAGCUGCUGCACCUGGACCCCCUUCACCGCUGAAGACACCCUUUCUACCAUGGGAAUCCGAUCCACUGCAGUCUCGUCCCAGCCUUCUCUCCACCCUGGAUGUUCAACUGCCACCUGCUUGUUACAAUGCAGAUCUUUUACCUUUUAUUCCUUUAUGGUUUGUGUAUAUUGCAGU